GAUUAUUUUAAACAGAACAAGAUGGCGGAGAAGAGCGGGUUGAGGAAUCGGAAUCAUUCCGAACAAAAUUGCAAAAGCAACAUCUUUGAGGAAGGUGUCAGCGGUGUGGAGGACGUGCCCCCGGUGGAGGCGCCGCCCGACGGCGAGGACGAGGCGAUGGAGGAGGCGGCCCGGCCGGUGCAGAUUGUGCUGGCCGACGAGGACGAGCACAACUUCGAGCUGGACGAGCGCGCCCUGGAGCGCAUCCUGCUGCAGGAGCACGUGCGCGACCUCAACGUGGUGGUGGUGUCCGUGGCCGGGGCCUUCCGCAAGGGCAAGUCCUUCCUGCUCGACUUCAUGCUCCGCUACAUGUACAGCCAGACUUCCGGCUCGUGGCUCGGUGGGGACGAGGACCCCCUGACCGGCUUCACCUGGAGAGGGGGCUGCGAGAGAGAGACGACGGGGAUCCAGGCAUGGAGCGAGGUGUUCGUGGUGGACAAGCCUGACGGCAGCAAGGUGGCUGUUCUUUUAAUUGACACUCAGGGGGCCUUUGACAGCCAGUCAACCAUCAAAGAUUGUGCCACAGUGUUUGCACUGAGCACCAUGACCAGCUCUGUACAGGUUUAUAACUUGUCUCAGAACAUACAGGAAGACGAUCUUCAACAUCUUCAGCUCUUCACAGAAUAUGGACGGCUUGCCAUGGAGGAAAUCUAUCGGAAACCCUUUCAGACCCUAAUGUUCCUCAUAAGAGACUGGAGCUACCCUUAUGAGCACGCCUACGGUUUAGAAGGAGGGAAGAGGUUCUUGGAGAAGAGGUUGCAGGUGAAGCAGAACCAGCACGAGGAGCUUCAGAACGUCAGGAAGCACAUCCACUCCUGCUUCUCCAACAUCGGCUGCUUCCUGCUGCCGCACCCCGGCCUCAAAGUCGCCACCAACCCCAGCUUUGACGGGAGAUUAAGAGAUAUUGAUGAUGAAUUCAAGAAGGAGCUGGAGAACCUCGUGCCACUACUGUUAUCCCCGGAGAGCUUGGUUGAGAAGGAAAUUGGCGGCUCCAAAGUGACGUGCAGAGAUCUGGUGGAGUAUUUCAAAGCCUACAUCAAAAUCUAUCAAGGGGAGGAGCUGCCUCACCCCAAGUCCAUGUUACAGGCGACUGCUGAAGCCAACAAUCUUGCAGCUGUUGCGGGAGCAAAAGACACUUACAACAAAAGCAUGGAGCAGGUUUGCGGAGGAGACAAGCCGUACAUCGCCCCCGCCGACCUGGAGCGCAGCCACGAGGAGUUCAAGCAGUGCUCCGUCCGCCAGUUCCGCUCGGUCAAGAAGAUGGGCGGGGAGGAGUUCUGCCGCCGCUACCAGGAGCAGCUGGAGCACGAGCUGGACGAGGCCUAUGCAAACUUCGUCAAGCACAACGACGGCAAGAACAUCUUCUACGCCGCCCGCACGCCGGCCACCCUCUUCGCCGUCAUGUUCGCCAUGUACAUCAUCUCAGGAGUGACCGGGUUCGUCGGUCUGAACACUGUCGCCACCCUCUGCAACCUGGUCAUGGGCGUGGCGUUGCUGUCGCUCUGCGCCUGGGCCUACGUCAAAUACUCAGGGGAGUUCCGGGAACUGGGAACCGUCAUCGAUCAAGUGGCGGAAACCCUAUGGGAACAGAGGACCCCAAGAAAGGUGUUUACCAAACUCUUUGAGCUGGCGAGGAGUCGAAUCACGUGGCGCUCUUUUGUACCAGCGCAGAGAAAGAGACUGUCCUCAAACAACAAUAUCAAGAAGAAAAAUUAGCCACUACCUUUUUGUGUGUUCAGUUUUAUUUUUGUGCAUUUUUUUUUGUUUUAUUUAGUAGUUCAUGGUCAAUAGCCAUGCUGGCCUAGAUUAAAUCUGAAAUGUGUACCUGGUUCACACCACAUGUAGAAUACAGGUUGGCACCUUCAUCUUUUUAAAAGCUUUUUUCUUUUUUCCUUUUGUAUUCUGAGGGGACCUUUCUGGCUGGGGUGGGGGGGGUGUCUGGCUAAUCAAGAUUUUCUUAUUCACGUUCUUGCACCACGUUUUCAAUUCAUGAUUUCAACUGCCAUCGUUUACAUUUUUUACUCUGUAAUGAAUACGAUGCAUGAUGCGUUUUGGUUUCAUUUCUCAAGUCCUUCCUUGUUCAUUGUUCGUUGUUCAUUUGAGUGAUUGUUUUUUUUUCUGUUUUGGUCUCAUCCCCCUCCCCCCAUCUCCUCUCUGUCUCGCAUUCCCACUCUCCAGGUGUUGAAGCCUCUGAGUGAUCGCUAUAUGGAAGAUAACAUUAGGCAGAGUGUGGCAAACUCCAUCAAAGCCAGUCUGACU